GCUCCGCCUCCAGCCAACGCUGGCCAGUCCAAAAUGGAGGGCGCUCGGCUAACGCCGUUCGCCCUCCGUCUGCUCUUGCUCGCAGCGCUGCCCGCCACAGGGUGGCCGAAGAUGGGGACUCCUGAGUCGCCACCUCCCGGAGCCCCGCAGGAAAGCAUCAGAAUUAAUAUAACUACCCUGAAAGAUGAUGGAGAGGUAUCUAAAGAACAGGUUGUUCUUAACAUAACCUAUGAGAGUGGACAGGUAUAUGUGAAUGAUUUCCCUGUAAAUAAUGGUGUAACCCGAAUAAGCUGUCAGACUUUGAUAGUGAAGAAUGAAAAUCUAGAAAAUUUGAAGGAAAAAGAAUAUUUUGGAAUUGUCAGUGUAAGAAUUUUAGUUCGUGAGUGGCCUAUGACAUCUGGUUCCAGUUUGCAACUAAUUGUCAUUCAAGAAGAGGUAGUAGAGAUUGAUGGAAAACAAGCUCAACAAAAGGAUGUCACUGAAGUGGAUAUUUUAGUUAAGAACCAGGGAAUACUAAGACAUUCACACUACACGCUACCUUUGGAAAAAAGCAUGCUGUACUCCAUUUCCCGAGAUAAUGACAUUUUAUUUACUCUUCCCAACCUCUCCAAAAAAGUGGAAAGUGUUAGUUCACUACAGACCACCAGCCAGUAUCUUAUCAGGAAUGUGGAAACCACCGUCGAUGAGGACGCUUUACCUGGCAAAUUACCUGAAACUCCUCUCAGAGCAGAGACUCCAUCUUCAUAUAAGGUCAUGUGUCAAUGGAUGGAAAAGUUCAGAAAAGAUCUGUGUAUGUUCUGGAACAGUGUUUUCCCAGUAUUCUUUAUGUUUUUUAAUGUCAUGGUGGUUGGAGUUAUAGGAGCAGCUGUGGUAAUAACCAUCUUAAAGGUGCUUUUCCCAGUUUGUGAAAACAAAGGAAUUCUUCAGUUGGAUAAAGUUCAUGUUAUACCUGUGGCAGCUAUCAACUUAUAUGCAGAUGGUCCUGAGAAAACAGCAGAAAACCUUGAAGAUAAAACAUGUAUUUGAAAUACCACCUCAAAUCAUGGACUCUCAAUUAUUCUAUUGGCUCUAAAUUUGCCACUUGAAUGUGUCUUUAAAUCAUUAAGAAUCAGUUUACACACUAGGGAAAUCGCUCAACUCCUAAAACUGCCUAAAACUUGACUUUUAAAAUGUCAAGUUCCUCUAAUAGGGCUGGCUAUUCAGAUGAUGAGUUGUUAAGGAAAAUUUAAACACAGUGGAAGAGGAGAAACUUUGAAAUUACCAAAAAGAAAAAAAAAAAGGACAACACAAAAUGCCAUGUGCCAAUACUUUAUAAGGUGCCUUUGUUAAGGAAAUUAUAUCCACUUCACUACUAUAAUAUAUAAGACUUUAUGAAAGCACUUUAUUAAAUUCUAAUUUAAAAGCUCAAGAA